AUGCCCAUCUCGCUCACGAAGGAAAGCGAUGUGGAUGUUCUCAUUAUCGGCGCUGGCCCUGCAGGGCUUAUGUGCGCCAUGGCGCUGUCCCAUGCGGGUGUCAACGUACGCAUCAUUGAUCAACGGCCAGCUAAAGUGACGGCAGGGCAAGCAGAUGGGAUUCAACCUCGUAUUGUCGAAGUGUUCCAGGAUUUAGGGACAAGCGUCGUUUUGCAGAGCUACGGGCUAGCCGAUCGGCUGUUUAAAGAGGCGGUCCAAGUGCAUAUGGCGGCAUUCUACAAUCCGAGCCCUCAUGGAGGUAUUGAACGUACUGAUCGUGCAGCCGACGUGACCGCUCCCACUGCUCGAUGGCCCUUCGAGAUGGCGCUGCAUCAGGGUGGCAUAGAACAGAUCUUUCUAGACUCGAUGGCUUCUAAAGGCGUGCAUGUCGAAAGACCCAUCAUGCCGACAUUCAUUGAGCUCUCGCAGAAUGAAACAGAGCUCAGGGACCCCUCAUCCCACCCCGCCAAGGUCGUUCUCAAGCACCUAGAAGUUCCCGAAGGCAAAUCCGAUACGGAGAUCGUCUAUGCCAAGUUCGUUGUGGGAUGUGAUGGGCCACGAGAUAAUCUAGUUUCCUCAGGCGCGCAUUCCUGGAUUCGAAAGGAGUUUGGUAUAACUAUGGAGGGAGAACAAACAGACCUCGGGCCGAAAGCCUCGUCUGAUAUCGCCGACAUUGGAAAAUCAGACUACAUUUGGGGCGUCCUGGAUCUCAUCCCAGACACGGAUUUCCCGGACAUCCGUAACCGCUGCGCCGUCCAUUCGCACAAUGGGUCUUGCAUGAUAAUUCCCCGCGAAGGUGAUAAAGUUCGCCUAUACAUUCAGCUUGCGGACCAGGAUGUACUCGAUUCGAAAGGAAGAGUAGACAAGAGCAAAGUGGGACCCGAGAAAAUCAUGGAGGUCGCAAACAAGUCCCUUUACCCUUACGUCAUGUCAACUUCACAUCCAAUAGACUGGUGGACCCUAUACAUAAGUACGGUCUCUCCUUUCGUCGUAAUACAAAAGUUGACGUGUGCGAUAGUCGGCCAGAGAGUAGCUAACAAGUAUUCCGUGCACGAGCGCGUUCUAAUCGCGGGUGAUGCUUGCCAUACUCACUCGCCAAAAGCGGGUCAGGGUAUGAAUGCAAGCAUGAACGAUACCCAUAACUUGGCUUGGAAACUCGCGCACGUCCUUCGUGGCUGGGCUGAUAUCUCGCUCUUGAAGACGUAUGAAUUUGAGCGCCGGAAGUACGCCCAAGACCUGAUCAGCUUCGACAAGAGAUUUGCAGCCUUAUUCUCUGGGAAGCCACGGACAGAGGGAAGCGAGGAUGGUGUGACUCACGAGGAGUUCAUGGAGGCAUUCCAGACGUUUGGCCUCUUCACGAGCGGCAUCGGCGUACACUAUCAGCCUUCUACCAUCGUCAACCCCAAGCACCAGUCUGUUGCGAGCAACUUGCUUAUUGGGCAGAGAAUGCUUCCCCACGUCUUCGUCCGCGCCGCUGACUGUCAGCCGAUGGAAAUGCAAGAUCUUCUCCCAGCCGAUGCCCGCUUCAAGGUCGUCGUCUUUACCGGUGAUACCACCGACCAGGUGCAACUCAAGAAGGUGAGAGCGCUGGCGGAAGAGAUGGACAAGCCCGAGGGAUUCUUGAAACGAUUCGGCAAGAGCAACGGUUCCGCCUUCGAUGUUAUUUCCGUGAGCUCCGCGAAGAAGAAAUACUCCAACUACACGGACGCGCCGCCACUCUUCAGAUCACAUUGGUCGAAAUUCCUCUUAGACGACCAGGAUAUGUACAAGCGCACCAGUGCAGGAGGAGGGUAUGAAGCCUACGGCAUCGAUCCUCAUGGCGCCAUCGUCAUCGUUCGACCCGAUGGAUACAUCGGCAUGGUCGCACCGUUUGAUCAUCUUCUAGACAUCGACAACUACUUCGCGUCCUUCAUGGUACCCGCAUGA